AUGCUGUUUUAUCUCACAACUCUGAAUUUGGCAAAUUUAUUGAGUGAAGAUGCUCCAACUGUUGAGGUGGAAGAAACAGAUUUUAAUAAACGAGUAGCAUUCGAUGCACGGAGUCAUAAAGGUAUGAAGCUCAGUGAGUCAUUUCAGGUCGUCGCUAUUAUUGAGAAAUUACCUCCAAUGUGGAAAUAUUUCAAAAACUACCUGGAACAUAAACGCAAGGAAAUGGGACUUGAAGAUCUGAUUGUAAGACUAAGAACUGAGGAAUACAAUCAAAAUUUUGAGAAGAAGUUUGGAAAGUUGCAUAUAGAGGCUCAAGCCAAUUUGGUAGAGCCAAAUACUAGCAAAAAAAAGAAAACACUUAGCAAACAUGGUCCAAGAGAAUGGUUCAUAGACACAGGCACUACUCGACAUGUUUGUGCCGAAACGGAGAUGUUUUCAUCUUACACUCCUAUCAAUGGACGACAAUUAUUUAUGGAAAACUCGACAACAUCCAAAAUUGUUGGUCUGGGUAAAGUAGUGCUGAAGAUGACAUCAGGAAAAGAAGUAACUCUCGUCAAUGUUGGAAAGGAACUCAAAUCCUCUAGAACUGACUUAAAGUUCAUACAAACUAGAGGAGGAAAAAAGUAUUUUAUUACUUUUAUAAAUGACUGCACUAGGUACUGUUAUGUAUAUUUGCUAAGAAGCAAAAAUGAAGCUUUAGAAGCAUUUAAGCAAUGCAAGAGCGAGAUUGAAAAUCAACUUAGAAAACGAAUAAAAGUUAUACGUAGUGACAGAGGUGGAGAAUAUGGGGCACCGUUUGAAGAAUUUUGUUCUGUUUCUGGGAUUAUUCAUCAAACCACAGCACCGUAUUCACCUCAGUCAAAUGGUAUUGCUGAACGCGAAAAUCGUACUCUUAAAGAAUCAGAAUGCUAUGUUAAUCAGUUCUGGUUUACCUCAGAACUUGUGGGGGGAAACAGUUCUCUCAGCAAACCACAUUUUAAAUAA